CGCUGGCUGACGCACAGCUAACACUACUGUUGGUUAUGCAGGUCCUUAUUGCAAUCGGAUCAGCGAUCCUGCUCGGUGUGGAUGGUGACCGGGCACUGCUCCCACUAUCGCCGAAACCGUCUUCAUCAAGCGAAAUCGGAUGGGCCACGACGACAAACAAGUUUGACAGCGGAUUGCCAGUCAUCACCGCCUUACAUCAUCGUUUAAAUGAGCCACUCGUCGACGACGAACUACCAAUCCCUGUUGAGCAUCGAGGACCACGUGACACCAACCGAACCUACUUAACCGCGCAGCACUUUGGCUUCGUGGGAUUUGGAGCCGGCACGCUGGCUGACGCACAGCUAACACUACUGUUGGUUAUGCAGGUCCUUAUUGCAAUCGGAUCAGCGAUCCUGCUCGGUGUGGAUGGUGACCGGGCACUGCUCCCACUAUCGCCGAAACCGUCUUCAUCAAGCGAAAUCGGAUGGGCCACGACGACAAACAAGUUUGACAGCGGAUUGCCAGUCAUCACCGCCUUACAUCAUCGUUUAAAUGAGCCACUCGUCGACGACGAACUACCAAUCCCUGUUGAGCAUCGAGGACCACGUGACACCAACCGAACCUACUUAACCGCGCAGCACUUUGGCUUCGUGGGAUUUGGAGCCGGCACGCUGGCUGACGCACAGCUAACACUACUGUUGGUUAUGCAGGUUAGUACUUACUAUCCAUUGCAACUUCAUGGUCCGCUAUAUGCGUUGCCGGCUCCUCCCACGAUAAUUGCUACUGCGCACCAUCGCAGACGAAUGUGCGCGCGAGUGUCUUGCCGAAAUUGCCGCCUCUUUGUCAAUAGAGUGUUGUACUUGAUUCUUCUUUUGUUGCUAUCGGGCGAUGUCGAGCUUAAUCCUGGACCUCUCACCGAAGCAGCAGUGGAGGUACUUAAAAGUUUACAGACUGGCCAGGCAGCAAUCAUGAGCAAGCUAGAUACCAUCGAUACCAAGUUAGCCAAACACGAGGCUAUGCUGGCGGAAGUAAACAGUAGGCUUGGUGUAACUGAGGAACGGGUUGGAACGGUAAAUAAAUUAGUGUCGGACCAAGGAAAUGCAAUACGAUCACUUGAACAACAAGUAUCUGCCAUGCGAAAAAAAAACGUUGAUCUUGAAAACAGAAGUCGCAGGCUUAAUCUUGUCUUCUAUGGAAUAAAUGACGGAAACCAUUCUGAAACGUGGAUUCAAUCCGAAAACUUGGUUAAAGAUAUUUGCAAAACUAACCUGGGGAUCGAACUGAAUUCGAUACAAAGGGCACACCGAGUAGGUCGUUACAGUGAUAGGUUCAAAAGGCCAGUCAUAGUAAAUUUUUCUUCAUAUAAGGAAAAACAGGACGUCUUGUCAAAUGCUAAUAAGUUCAAGGGGUCACCCUACAGUGUGGAUCAGGAUUAUUCAUCCGAGACCCGAGAAAUACGGAAGCAUCUGUGGGAAUACGCAAAAGUUAAAAAAGCGGAUAGCAAUAACAAGGUAAAGCUAAACUUCGACAAACUUAUUAUUAACGGAAAGACCUUCACGUGGGACAAAGAAAAAAAAGUUGUUCCAUUCAGGGAACGGUGACGCAAUAGAAAGAAAAUGAAACAAGUAUGUCGUAACCUCGUUGCUGUUGUAGUAAACUGUAGGAGUAUAAUAAACAAAGUCGAUGAAUUCGCCGGUCUGAUAGAGUCUGUCAAGGCUGACAUCGUUUUUGGCACAGAAUCGUGGCUGAACCCGUCUAUCGCGGAUAGCGAAGUAUUCCCUAAAGAAUUCAUUGCUUAUCGGAAGGACAGGCCCCGCCUCGGUGGAGGGGUGUUUUUGUUAAUUCACUCUUCUCUUAAAUCAUUUAUGCUAGAUCUUGAUACCCACGAUGUCGAAUCAAUUUGGUGCUCAGUCACCCUACCUGAUAACUCCUCAUACGCUGUUGGAUCAUUCUACAGACCACCGAACUCAAACUUCAAACUGUUGCAAUCUUUGUUUGACAUCGUUUCGGAGGCAUCCCGGCAGCCUAUUUUGCUUGCGGGUGACUUUAACUUACCUGACUUGGAAUGGCUUGAAGGUGAAUGUGUAUGCAAAGUUGACAGCCGUGUUAACUUAGAAAUGAAAAAUCUUGUAAACACCUUCGGACUAUUACAGUAUGUCAGUGCUCCAACUCGGAAUAGUAACAUUCUGGACCUUUUGUUCUGCAGUUCCCCUACCCUUAUUAGCUCGGUUUAUAUAAUACCAGGAAUAAGUGACCAUCACGCCGUCAUUGCAAACAUUAAAACAGAUAUUAACCGAUCAACGUCACGCACUUCAAGGAGAGUUUUUUUCUUCGAAAAAGGUGAUUAUCCUAGUAUCUCCCAGGAGCUCCUCGAUUACUUGCCGGUUUUUGAAUGUCUUGCUGAGGAUUACGACAUCCAUGGUUUAUGGCGGGUAUUUAAAGAUAAACUGCUUGAGCUUACGGACAAGUAUGUUCCAAGCGUAGACUCCACCAGACUCAAAAAACGUAAGAAACCCUGGGUGAAUUCGCGUAUUCUCAGAAUAAUUAAAAAAAGAAAGAGAGCAUUUAAUAGAUACAAAAGAACUAAAAGUAUGAAUCACAUAAAAAAGUUAUCUGAAGUAACACAGGAGUAUAAGUUUGCUAUAAAAAAUACGAAGGAAGAGUACUUUAAGACACUCAACGACAGAAUGAAAACUAAUCCUAAACAAUUUUGGAGGUUUUUAAAAGGAUGCGGAUCAGAUUUUGUAGGAAUAAAUGAAAUUGUUUGUAAUCAACAAAUAAUUACAGACGAUUUUGAAAAGGCAACGUGUUUGAAUACAUAUUUUCAAUCUGUCUUCCUACCUAAAUCCAAUCAUAGCUCUACACCACAUGCAAGCAGACUUCCUUUAAUGGAACAAGUUGAAUUAAGUGUUAGAGGCAUCGAGGCACUCCUAAAGGUGAUAGAUGAAACCAAAGCAAACGGUCCGGAUGGUAUAUCUCCACGUAUACUAAAGCGGUGUGCUACACCUAUCUCGAUGUACCUUUAUUUAAUCUAUGAGAAAUCGCUAUCCACAGGACUCUUACCUAAUGACUGGAAAACCGCUCAAGUUGUACCUAUUCAUAAAGGGGGUUCGAAAAGAGAUGUCGCGAAUUACAGGCCGAUCUCACUAACAUCCAUCUCGUGCAAAAUCAUUGAGCAUAUUAUAUAUUCCGAGAUAAUGCGUCACAUAACAAAUAAUAAUAUACUAAUCAAAGAACAACACGGGUUUCGGAAAGGUCUAUCUUGCACAACACAAUUAAUUGAAUUUUAUCACGAAUUGGCAUUCGAUGUUGACGAGGGAGGACAAACAGAUUGUAUCUUUUUAGACUUUCGCAAGGCAUUCGAUACAGUGUCACAUCCACUUCUUCUUAUUAAACUUAAAAUGUUAAACAUUCACUCAAGCGUACUCGCUUGGAUUGAAAAUUAUGUCUCAGCGCCGACAAUGUGUUGUUUUGAAUGGAAAAAGCUCGGCAUACGCUGAUGUGACGUCAGGAGUCCCACAGGGCUCAGUCUUAGGGCCACUUUUGUUUCUACUUUAUAUAAAUGAUAUUUCUGUUGGUAUUUCUUCAUGUAUUCGGUUGUUUGCCGACGAUUGUGUUGUUUAUAGGAAGAUUAAGAGUGAACAAGAUGCUGCCAUGUUACAAUCUGACUUAGAAUGUAUUAAUACUUGGUGUUCCACAUGGAAGAUGAAUUUGAAUUUAAAAAAGUGUGUUCAUGUAUGUUUUACAAGAAAGAAGAAGCGGAUUGUAAAUCUUUACCAGAUAAAUAAUACCCUGAUAAAAAACGAACCUAUAUACAAGUAUCUAGGUGUGACGCUCUCAUCGGACUGUUCAUGGUCUGCUCAUGUAGAUGACGUCAUUGUAAAAGCUGGUAGGGCACUCAAUUUUAUUCAGAGGAACUUGAAAUGUUCACAGCCGAACCUAAAGAAAACUGCUUACCUAACAUGUGUUAGACCAAUUUUGGAAUACGCCUGUGCCGUCUGGGACCCCGUGCAGAAAAACUUGAUUGAUAAGCUGGAAAGAAUUCAAAACCGAGCUGCUAGGUUCGUCCUGGGGCGGUAUGGGCGGAGAGAAAGUUGUACUGAAAUGAAACUUGAAUUGAAUUGGGAGCUGCUUUCCUCUCGGCGGAAAAAGUUGAGACUGAAGUUUUUAUACCUCAUAUUUAAUAAUAAGACUGGAAUUAGCAGUAAAAGCUACUUGAAAGAACCACAUUAUAUUUCUAGGCGUAAUGACCAUUCACUUAAAAUUCGCGAAUACCGUGCCAGGACGCACUUGUUUGCGGAUUCCUUUUUUGUGAAAACUAUUGUGGAGUGGAAUCGGCUGUGUGAAGAGCAAGUGUGCUGUACGAAUGAAGAUUUGUUUUUUUCCCUCCUGUAACCCCCCUGCUAUAACGCCUUCGGGCAAUGCGGGGUAAUUCUUGAAUAAAGAAUAAAUAAA